AAUCAUUCUCCAAAAGAGAAAAGACUUAGUAUUACAUAUCUUAUUCUUAGAUAUUCACUGAAAUUGCACUCGACUUUUGACUCGUCCUUUGUCGGUAGAUAUAAUGAUAGGUAUGGUGCCAAUAUCAUGCCGUACAAUACCCAGUGGAUUUACAGCAAUAACGAUGUAUAUCAUCCCCCUGGGACAAAACUACGUGAUCUGUCGCCUGCGUUUGACCGAUACCUGUCGCCGCCAUCCCUCGGGAUAUAUUUAAUCUCGCCUAAUCUUUCAUCACCGCACCCAUCAUUGGCUCCAAUAAACCGUUCAUGCAAAAUUGUAAGUUCAGCACUUGCGGCAAAGUCCGCCAAGCCAGUCCUGACAGUGUCAUGACAGAGGCAGGAUCUGCCGUAUCUACUUUGGACAAGCAGUACUGUGUCCAGAAACGCGUCGAGAUGCGAAAGUUUGAUGAAGCUAUACAAAACCUGAAGAGAGAGGAAACGGUGUUCCUGUCCUCCCACGACUAUAGGGUGCGCCAGGUACAGCGGCGUAUGGAGAUCCUCAGGGACAAGAGGAACAAAAUCAUCCAGGAACGAACGGAGGGGGUAGAGACAAACGUUUUCACUUUGAACGGACUGGCAGAGUUGUCCCGCGCCGCACGGGCCGGGCAAAUGAGGCGUAGGCCAAGUGACGCAUUACUUCAGAGUGACGCGGUGACGGAGCUGAAAAAGGUAUCGUGGAGAACUCCCCCUCCUACUCCCUACAGUAGUUCAGACGAGGAUUCGGACUCAGAAAACACCGAGAACCGCACGGAUACCCAGUGGAUGGGGAUCACACGAACCGAUCGCUCAGCAGGACACUACUCCGGCGUUUCUGGAUUCAGAGCGUUGCCAUUCAUGGGUUUGCCGCGAAACGAAGGCUUUACUAGUCCAGACAAUCGCUCAAAAAGUUGUCUGCAACAAGGAAGAACCCCAGGAGCUACUCGAGACCGUGGGUCAACCUUUCUACCACAUAUAACACGAAAACACACGGAUAACGGAUCUAGGGACAGGUAUCACAGACUAGCCAUCUCCGGACUUGGUUAUAACAAACCGUUUUCUGUGGGAAACAACAAAGGCAGGCUACCUGAUCACCGGGCCCACGUGACGAGCCUUCCCUCUUCCCCUGCACUGCCUCGGCAUUCAAAGAGGAACACAAACUUUCCGGCACUUUUCAAGGCAGUAGCGAGUGGCAACGCCAGGGCACGAUCUUCUUUUAGUUGCUAAACAUAUAAUACUUCUUCAUUCGUAUGUGCCAAUCUGGAAGUUGGAUGGUGCGAGCCUGUCUUGUUUUGUUUCACAUAAUAUGAUGAAGAUGUUACAAACUUCUUGUUUUGACUAAUAAUGUGUUGCUUUCUGCACAGAGUUCUAAAUUUCAGUACAAUGAAAAGCUAGUUCUUAAAAAAAAUGAUUCUGGCUAUUGUUACUUCUCUGUUUGUGUAUACAUACCUUUGUACAACUGUACAUUUGCACUCUGCGUUUUAACAGACAACCAAUGAGCAGAUGAUGCUAAUUGUGAGUCAUUUAGUAUUAGCAUUAUUCAUUUAUUCAUUGCCACUUAAUUAGUUUGUUUGUCAAGCUGUGUAAUGCAUAAAUAGAAUUGGUUUGUGUUAGCAAAAAAUUGUACACAAGUACAGUGCAAGUGGCUCUGCUUACUAGUAUCACUUCUGGAGUAUGAGGUGAAAACUUCACAUAUUAAUUAUUUGUCACAAUUUCCACUGGAAAUCAAUGUAAACAUCAUUUUAAGGUAUCAUGGUAUUCUAUUGACCAUGAAUGCUAUACAUUUUGGCAUGAAAACUUCACUGGCUA